AUGCGGACCAUCUGCGAUGUCUGCGAAAGCGCCCCUGCCGUCCUCUUCUGUGCAGCGGACGAGGCCGCCCUGUGCCAGUCUUGCGACGAUAAGGUGUCUUCAGCUUACUCCUUAACUCUCGUCUUUGAGAAACUUGCUGUGAAAUAGAUUUCUAUCCGGGCAUUAAUGCUAAUAGAUUGCAUGAAACCGUUUGUCCAUUGGUUUUUGGUAUGCACUUGCUUUGAUCGCGUUGUCAUAUGAAGCUUUCGGUCGCUAGAUAGUCGUGGUGUCGGCCCGAUUGAGUGGGUUUCCUGCGCUCAGAGUGAGUUUCUACGUGUGGUUUGCACAGAUUAUCCCACGAUAACUUUUGGUUGUACUGGCUCGCAAAAAUUCAAGGGGAGAUUGUUGGUUCAUCAUCCCUGAUUUGAGGAUCUAUUUUGUACAUUUAGAAAUUUGUAACAGAACCAGAGGUAGAUAAGAUAAGUUGAAAUGCAUCAGAAGCAGUUUGGUUCUGAUCCAGAAAAUUCUAGGGUUUAGUCCUCAUUGCAUUGUGUUGCGUCUGGUGUCUUGAAUCGAAUAAUGCUUGAAACUAUGCGUUCUUUUUCUGCCAUCACAUUGCACUUCAGACAGGGUAAGUUGGCGUCCUGACUUUUGAGCAGCACCAUAGUCUUUUGACCUUUCAGGGUUACAAAAAUAUGAAUAGGAUUACUUGCCUCGGGGAAAAGCCCUGGGUUUAACAACUACGCCUAUCUGAGAGUCUACCUACCAGCCACAAUGGAACAGCUGCCCCCAGUAGAUGAAACUGGAUUUAUCAGUAAAUCAGACGCAUUCUGGGAUCAUUAUUUCAUCACAUUGAAACUCAGAAUGGCAUUGAUUUCUCUUUCUUCUCUAAAUAUAAAUUUACAGAAUAUCAUCUGAUUUAAAUUGUCACUGUGUCUCAAAAAUAUGCAUCAGGGAUGAACGCUUUAUGAAAAAAGGGUCGAGGGCCUUGGUAAACUAGCUUCAUCUUUAAAAAUUUUUUACCAUUCAUAUUAGUGACAACACAUUAGAAAAUAUUCUAGAUGAUUCGGCUGAUUUUAUCUCGGACAUAUUUAUAGUCUGAGUUUCAAAAAUUAUCAGUACAAUUCUCCCUUCACAAAAGCUUAUAGUGUGAACAAGUUGCUUCCUCAUGCUUUUUUUUUUGCCUUCAACGAAUGAGAGUGAUAGUUCAAUCUACUUUCUCGUAUACUACCUUUCCACAGUGGGUAAAUAACUUGUUGAUUAUUAACGUGUGAUGAGCUUCAAUCGUGAUGGGAGGCGAUGUUGUGCUUGUAUGGUUCCAAGAACCAAUACAUAAUAGAGGGUAUUGGUGAGAAACUAUCUAUACACAUAGGGAUUUUUCCUAGUUAGUUGUGGAGCUUAUUUAUGCGGCACAUGAUGGAGAUUCAUAUAGCAUCCCAUACAGCAUGGAGACACGUGGUGCAAGAAAUGAGAGAUUGCAAUAGAUACGUGGGUUACAUGCCAACAUACAGAGUUUGGCAUGUCGACUGUUGUGUCUUGCCGACCCCAGCAUUUUUGGGGUCAAGCUUGUUGUAUGCCUGGUGAUGGGCUAAAUUUGAGGUUUAAGCUGGACAAAAUCUUAAUGAUACUCUUUCUUUUCCUCUUAAAAAAAUUAGAAUGAGGGAGAAACCAUAGAGAUACAUGCAUUUUAUAGCCCUCAAGUGUGACUGUGGGGGAGGGGAGUGAGAAAGAUUGUUGGAGGAUUGGUUGCCAUGAUGGUGUGUCAUUUAGGCACGUUUCAAACUUCACAUGGUCAUAAUUUGGAAUGAUGAAUUUUUUUGUAUCGCUGUUCUCCUUGAGCUGAAUUCAAUCUAACCUAGCCCCUAGCUCUCUGGUAUACCUCUACCAAUAAGGUCGAUAUAUGAAAAACUUGGAUGCAUACAUAAUUAUGGAUUUAUAUCCCCUUUUUCUUUAUACUGCCAACUGAUAAUCAUUAGUUAUAUGCAUGAACAUGUAGAUAAUGAUACAAACUCAUGCCAAAUAUAUAUUUAUGUGCAUACACAUGUACAUGUGGAGAUAUAUGAUAUAGAUGCUACUAGAGUCGAUUCCUUGUUACUCAAAUUUCUUGUUCUUGAUGGGCAACAAAGUGCAACAUUUUUUGAAAAGAUUAAUCGAUUUCAUAUGAAAAAUACUAUUAUACCUUACUGGGACAUUGUUUUAUGCAAUCGAGGGUGAUGCUUUUUCUCUCAAGAUCUAAAGAUGUUGUGGAGAAAGAAAAAUGAGCUUAGAGGGCUUUCUCUAUCUCUUGAAUAGAGUAGUUGAGCACUUAUGAGCCUGAAUGAAUGAGUUUUGAAGUCUUUGAAAAUAUGUUAAAAAGUAACAAAAAUGAGCUUAAAAGUCUUGAGAAGAGUACUUGAGCACGUGAGGAGAGGUUUUCUAACUUCAGAAUUGAUGGAAUCGCUGCUUUUACCACAUGAAGGAAAAUACCGGUUGUGAAUAAUUCGUCCUCCAAUGGUUAAUUUUUCAGUCUUUUUCGGUUCCUAUCUCAGAAAAUGUCUAUGGAACAUUUUUAGGUGUUAACUCCUUCAAAUGUCAAGUGUAGACACUUGUCCGGUAGCUCUGUUAUGUAUCGACUCCUUAAUCUUCCAAUUGUCAACAAUCGUGCCUGGUAUAGCAAAUGCAAAAAUGCCAACUCAGAAGUUUUAUAAGGGGUCAACCCCUAGUGUCAACCCACUGUUUGCAAGGGUCACUCCUGUGUCUUCAAUUAUCUGUUUUCUCGUCAUCUUGACUCCUGUACUUGAUAAUUAUAGGCUCCAGUGAUAUCAUUUAAAUUUUUCAGCGAGUGUUGAAUCUUGAGCAGUAGAUAUCAACCCUUUUGAAAUUUAAAUUUUGUAAUUCUGUGUUGGCCUUUUAUGAUUUGCUUUUCUAUUUAUUUGCUGAUGCUUAUUUGCUUUAAUAAUCCUUUUACGACGGACUGAGUCAAUAGUCAAAUGUCUUGGUACCUCCUCAUCGGAGGAUCAAGCAACAUUACUUUGAAUCAGAGCUUUUGAUCUUUUCUUAUCCUUUGCCUCAAUAAUAUCCUGAGGUUUGCAAUAAUAACUUGGUAUAGCUACCAUACAAACUUUCUCCACGUGACUUUGAAAACUGGUUAGUUUGAUAGGGUUUCAGGUGAAGAAAUAUCUUGAUACAUGAAAAUGAUUUCAAUAGAACCUUUUGAGCUAUUGAUUCUUCCCUCUUUUCAUGAAGUCCAUCGGUGGAUUUAAAAAAAUGAUGAAAAUCAUUCAUCAUAUUCUAAAACCAUUAUCCCAUGUGAUUUGGGUCAUCAUUAUACAGUAAAGCAUGGAUAUUAAGAAAUGGGUUUUUUAUGGCUUGUAGUCAACGAUGAUGAUGGAUAUGAGACAAUGGAUGACAUCAAUGUAGAUCUUCUGGGAAGGAUCACAAGUGCCUAAAAGUGUACUUGUGUAGUGGCAUUAUCUGCCAUGAAAAUAAAAAGAAAGAAAAUAUGAUCCAAGUAUAAAUCAAAAGAAUAAUCUAAUAUGACGCCAAUGAAGGCUAAAAUGAUGCAGAUAGGAAAAUGAUGUCAACUGUAUCAGCACUACUAAUAAGAUUUUUUAUUUAUUUAUUUUUACUAAACUCAGAUCUCUCAAUUUUAAUAUAUUUUUGAACUUUGGAUCCUCUUUGGGGAAGAACUAACAGUAAUGCCCUGGACUGAUGAUAAUUGGAGAGUUUGAUGCAGCCAAUCUUUUGAACCUUUUCACUGAUUAUCAUCAUUGCACACAUAAAACUGUCUCAUGGUGUAUAACUAGAAUUAACUAGAAUCAUCGACAUUGCGCCAUUUAUGCCAUAAACCAUAUAUAUAUAUAUAUAACUUCAACGUAUUAAUAUCGUUUUUAAUGCAAUCAAGUGCUUAUUUCUUUUAUUUUUUCGGAUUUCAGGUCCACAUGUGCAACAAGCUUGCAAACCGGCACGUCCGCGUAAGGCUUGCUGACCCCAGUGACGUCCCCCUCUGUGACAUAUGCGAGAAUUCUCCCGGUAAUGACCGAAGGGAAGGAAGCCCAAAUCAUUGCUAUAUUUAGUCAUAGUCUGGAGUGCUCAGCACCUCUGAUGUGAUUGGAACAGCAUUCUUUUACUGCGAGAUAGAUGGAAGCUCCCUCUGCCUGCAGUGCGACAUGACUGUCCAUGUCGGCGGCAAGCAGACGCAUGCCCGGUACCUUCUCCUGAGGCAGAGAGUUGAGGUCAGCUCCUGA